ACGUCGUCGUCAAAAGAACCCAACGAAAGCGUGGUUUCCAGGAAUCGUGAGAACACGAAUUCCGGAAACGUAAACAUACGUUUUUCAGCACAAUCGUAAUUUUCUCUAAAAACUUACUAACACCAAUAGAGAAAAAAAAAUUCUUUUCAGAGACUCAGAAAUCUUGGCCAGUGAAAUUCUCGCAUUUCUGAGACUUUUCGAACGAAAAUCUCCGAGUUUAGAGCUCGAGUGAAUUCACCUCCACGUUCGUCUGCGUACAAAACAUGAUCGAAUAACCCAUUUUUUCCCCCAAGCGCCGAGACGCCGUAUCGAUACCCAAGUUCCCACGGUUUUCAUAUAUUCUUAGAGACGCAGUUGUAGCGAGAGUUCAGAUCUCGCGUAUGGAGUGGAAAAAAAGUUCAGCAACGGCGCUUAUUCUGUAAACCCUCUGAAGUAAAGAAAAAAAACCCAAGCCGCGUGUAACACAAAAUCCGAUAAUGCGCUUUAGUUAUAUCUAAUCUGAUCACAAAAACAUUAAAACUGUGAUACGCAACGUCUUUCUGCAACGUCAUCGCGAACACUGGAUAGAAGAUUAGAUUUCAUGACAACAACGUUCAGAAGUGAAAACUUGAGUCCAGUCCCAUCGUUGUUGGGCAAAUUAAUCAUUGAGAUUCAAUGGUAUUGAAAUCUUUUGCGAUGCGAAAAACUGGAGACCAAAAACACGACGUCGAGGAGGAUUCUGAUGUCGUUUACAAGGACGUCGUUAUCGUCGGCAACGGACCUGGUGCCAUUUGCCUCUCGUACAUGCUGGCUGGAAAUUGGCCUUAUUACGAGGGCGAGCCCCAUCCGACUGAUGAGAUGCUGACGACUCGCUUGAAUUACGUGACUCCGAGUUUACGUCGCGAGUCCGAAUUCGAAAAGGAGCAAAUCCAAAACGGCUACGAAAUGAAUAGCCGACGCUGUUGUAAAAUAACGAAGAAACGACAAGGCACGUGUCUCGCUCGGAGCUCACGAAGCACACUCGCGACCCUGGCCUUCGGGGUUGAAGGACGCGGCGGUGGCAAACCUCUAGCCCUGCUCAUGGACCAGCUGCAGCAUCCCUGCGUUGACAUUGGUCUCGAUUUACCGUCCCUCGUCACUUGGUCUCCCGGGCACAAAAUCAUCGACCACGUCGUCUUGGGCAAAGGACCACCGGGGGGCUCGUGGCAGGCCAUGGAUCCCGCUGUUUUAACAAUCAGCCUGAGUCGUUGGAUGUCUCUGCCGAGCGUGGGAAUCAAAGAAUGGUGCAAGCUAAUGGACCCGGAAGAGAUACAGAAAUCUGUGAUUAUACCGAACGCUGUAAGGAACGGUCGUCACAGGCACAGAGCAGGCGGUGAAGAAGUGUCGGAUCAUACAGGUGGUAGCAGAGUGCCAGUUGGAACAGUCGCUGCUUACUACGAGGAUUACGUGAGGUUUCAAGGAUUGGAGAAGUAUUUCAAGUGCGGGAGGACGGUGACCUCGGUCAGACCCAUACAAGGAUCCAGGAAUAUCGAGGACGAGUAUGGCUGGAUCGUCAGGGGCUACGAGAACGACAGUGGCAAACGUUUCGUCUAUAAAUCUAAACGAGUCGUCCUCGCUACGGGCACUAUGGAUUCACCGAAUCGUCUCGAUCUACCAGGAGAGGAGUCCAGACCCACUUGGAUAACUCACGAUCUUUAUGAACUUGAGAACAAACUCGAUCGUCUCGCCAGGGAAAAUUUGAGCUGUUCGAUGAUCGAUGAAAGUGAAAAUUCAACGAAGCUCGAGGUUAAACCAAUUUUGGUUGUCGGAGCCGGUUUGAGCGCGGCCGACGCGAUAAUGGCAGCGCGUUGUCGGGGGAUCCCGGUCCUGCACGUAUUUCGUGAUGGAUCCGAUGAUCGGAGUCGUAAAAAGAGUACGAACCACUCUGGUACGAGUAAUUACGACAGGCUGCAGUGGUUGCCAGCUUCCGUAUAUCCGGAAUAUCACAAAGUUUAUGAAAUGAUGGCGGAUUCUGGAACCAAGUAUCCCCUGUACAAAGCUCUUCCGGGUUACUCGGUCGUUGAUCUCGGAACCAACGGGAACGCAACGUUUGGACCUCAGGAAAGGAGGGUCACUCUUUGCUCACCAAAAGGACAGUUGAAAAACUACCGCGUCUCGGUCGUUGCUAUUUUAAUCGGCUCAAAACCCGAUUUGUCAUAUUUGGGUGAAUACGCCACGAGAUUGGGAAAAAUAGUUAACAAGCCGAUAGACAGUAAAGCAAAUGCAAUCGAGGCGGACGAUUUCACGUACGAAGUUACGCGUUCACCUCGCAAGGGCCUUUACGCCCUUGGACCUAUAGUCGGUGAUAAUUUUGUGCGCUUUCUUCUCGGCGGUGCAUUUGGAAUUCUCGCACACAUUUUGAAUACUUCGGAAACGUGAAAUCAUCCCAGCAACGAGAUAUAAGAUUUCAAAUAAUCCCUUGCAAAAUUCCAAUUUUUAUAUCUAUUUAUUUCUUUAUUAUGUAAAUGUCGAUGGAGUUGUACGUUAAAUUUGCUCAAAUGGUACGCGCUCUGUGUAAGCGUUCGGGACGCAAGAGGAUAAGAAAAAAACACGAAUUAUACAGAAUUUUUUUUCCAAAUGUUUCAAUCUAAUUCGACUGCUAUCUCGGGAACUUUUUUUUUAACAUAGUUUAAAAAAAAAAAAAACGAACGAUUGUUCAACUCUUUCAUGCACGGUGUCGCGUUAGUACCUCAUUCCCGAUGGUUUAUCAGCUUUAAAUUAUCACUUUUUAGAUAUUUUUCCAUCACUUAGUUUUUGUAUGAUCUUCAGACACGAACUCACCGUCGUGUGACCCCCGAAACUUGCUUACCUUUUUAUUCUAGACAAAUGAGAAAUAGUGUAUUUUUGAAAAAACAACUCGUGCCUGGUUAAACUUUGUUUUAAAGUGUAACAAUUUGAUGUACAAUCAUGCUUUGAGGGUCGCUUAGUAUAAACUCGACGUCAAAUUUUCAAAUUUGAAAUCAGUGGACUUUUGAAAAUCCGAUUUCAGAUUCGUAAUGAACCGAAAACCACGUAGCCACGUAUUUGUUGAAAUAAUUGUUCGAAUAGAAAAAUCCAUGCAUGAGAGGGUUGAAUGAUGGAGAAAUAAUUUCUCUUGAAUGCAAUCGUUGAUGUAAAUCCUUGUAGAUUUUUACAAUGGAUUUUUGUACGACGUAGACUUGGAUGUACACUUGGAACGAGUGUCAACUGGAAUUUGAUAUGCGUUCGAAAGGUGCGGGAUUGACAAUUGUUGAAAUGAUUUCUCAACAUCGUGCCUUCGGAUCGGCGAGCAUUUCUUGAACAUAUAUUUUUUUAUAUUGUCGUUAAACAGUCGUGAAUUUAUCGAGCCGGACAUGUUGUAAAAAUAAUUUUUGAUAAAGUAUGAGACGUGAGUGGCCUACAUUGUAUUCAGACAGCACUUAAAGGGCAUAAGAUCUGUGAUACAUAAUGCGAUUUGCUAAAAUCAUCAUUGAAUAUAUUUGUAAUAUCCUGUAAAAAAAUUUAUUGAAAUUAAAUCAUUUACAAGUGCAA